AUGGCUGCGCCCGAGAAAGUCGCCGGGGAGUUUGAAAACUGGCUUAAUGAUCGUUUAGACUCCCUUGAAGUUGACCGAGAAGUGUAUGGAGCAUACAUACUCGGAGUUCUUCAGGAAGAGGAGAGCGACGAAGAGAAAAGAGAUGCUCUUCAAGGCAUUUUGUCCGCAUUUCUGGAGGAAGAUACUUUAGAGGAAGUCUGCCAGCAGAUCAUCACACAAUGGAGUGAAUGUUCAGCCCGAUCUGCUGCCUCCAAUAACCAGCCCGACUCUGAGGUCCAGGCGAUUGCCAGUCUGAUAGAGAAGCAGGCUCAGAUCAUCGUCAAACAGAGGGAGGUGUCUCAGGAGGCGCAGAAGAGAAAGGAGGCCCUGCUCGCUCAGUAUGCCAACGUCACAGACGAGGAGGAUGAAGGAGAGGAGGAAGACCAGACAGGAGCAGUGGGAAUACCCAGUGACAAAUCUCUGUUCAAGAACACAAACGUGGAAGAUGUGCUAAGCAGACGCAAGCAGCAACGCGACCAGGCUAAAGAGGACGCGCAGAAGAAGAAAGAACAGGACAAGCUACAACGCGAGAAAGACAAACUUGCCAAGCAAGAACGGAAAGAGAAAGAGAAGAAACGUACACAGAAAGGAGAACGCAAAAGAUAAA